CUGGUUUCUAUUGUGAUUUCUUUGGGCCGAGGAGGUCUGUACCUGGACAGAAUGGACUCGGUUAGCACAGGUUCUGAAUUGCAUGCCUCCCAAUGGAACAGGAAUGCAUUUCUAGCUCAACCCAGGAACUCUAAGACAGUUUGGGCCACAACACCCUGGGCAUUGACAUGGGGAAACCAGGACUCAAUUUGGCCCGUCUCCCGCUCUGCACUGCGAGCUGUUCCGAGCUCCAGAAUAAAAGCUCUGGCCCAGCACAAACAAGACACUCAGCUCAGGCCACACCCCCUCUACCCCACCACUGCCACUGCACCUAGUGCUACUGUCCAAGAGAUUUUCUCUCAGAUGUCAGACAUCCCCUUCGCAUCUUCCUGUAGGAAAGAGGAAGAGGAGGAGUGGAGAAUGAUGAAGAAGAUUCCCCGGCGUUCCUCCCACAUAGCGCAGUACGAGAACAUCGUCCGUCUAGCGACUCCCAAAACCAGAGUUCGAAGCUCCCAGGAAGUGAGUUCUUCGCACUCAGAGUUGUGUGAGUAUGACUGUCCAAUUUGGCACUUGAGUCCCUGUGUGAGGAAUGCAAUCAUUUCCCCCCGGAUCCUUCAGUUGGCCAACCCCAAAACCAACCACCCCAACUUCACCGGUAACAGACAGAAUGAACCGUCGUUUAUCUCUUAUGCAGCUAAAACAGCCAAGAUGACGCCCAGACUGGAGCUGCUCUCACUUCCCAAACUGAGAGAAAAUAGACACUUCUACGACCAUCGGCGACCAGAGAGUCCCAUCCGACCUGUGUCUAGAGGGGCAAGAAAUGCCACCGUGAGCACUCGGAUCCAAGGUUUAUCCACCCCUAAACCCCUCUCUAAAGACUACAUCCCCCCCAGAGAACCAGCAUGGCGGUCCUAAGAUAAGGAGAGACCACAGAAGUCCAGUGUGAGAAGCCCUGGGAAGGUUUCCGACACAGUUAUUUUAUUUAGCCGUUGCUUUUUUCCCCGUCAUACACACUGGCCGAUUGGACUCCUUGGAUUUCUUCUGGUUUCCUAAUCACCGUCUGGAGUGAUUCUUGACUGAAUUAAAGUAUGACAUUAUUUUUAGCCUUCUGCCAAAACCCGCCUGACUUCUCAAAACUGAGUUUUGUGUUUCUGUGCUUGUGAAGUGUGUCCAGACUCUCUCUUCCUCACAUUCUGUCUAGACAUCUCUUUGAAAGAGGAAAAAACGAUAAAAUAAUCAGCAUGUGGUUUAUAGAUCUCCUCCAGAUCAAUGUUUUGUAGGCUGGACUGCACAGUUCCCGAUGAUUUCACUGUUGUUUUCUCUCGUUUUCUUUUACUUUCGCUUGAUGUAAUAAAAAUA